AUGGACAUUCUGCAUGAUGUCUUUGCCCAAUAUAACGAUUUUAUUGACAAGACCAAUACGGCGAACAUAGAGUCCGGCAUAUCUUUCCACUGUCUUACCAUGGGAGGUCUUUUUGGCGUGGUUCAUAGAAUUUACGAUGUCCUGCAUAACGAAGGCCCCGGAGCUCUUCUCUCAGAGCUUACCUCAAUGGUUUUUGGCUCUAACAGCGUAGAUAAGUCUGACACGUGUAUGCAGCGCAUCAUAAAAGCGGACAUUAAGAAGGUCCUUAGCACCUCUGCAGCAUCUGCGAUUUCAUCUCUGUCUAUAUUUCACAUUUUCUCCCCUGUGGAGCUGGUCAGGUCUCUCACGUAUCAGUUUUCUGUCGAGUUUUUGAAAAUGCUGGCCUUGAAGAACACUCUGUUCUCAUAUGGUCGACGUCUUACUCCGCCAGAGGCAUUUGUUACCGGAAGCAUCGCUGGGUUCCUUACCAGCUUCUUAUUCUCCAAGUCAAAGAGGGAGUGGCUACGGGGGGCACUUCGAGGCGGCUUCAAGGAGAUAUUUGCUGAAUUCAUCACCAGGGUGGUAGCCUACCUCAUGAUAGAGGGCAUUAGCCACGUUAUCCGCCAGCAGGUCCCUGCGGUCGAUAGCCUCAAUUUGAAAAUCAUAAGGAAUUAG